GAAGAUCCAUCACAAUGAAAGUUCUUUGUGGAAAUGAAUAACCAGAGAACAAUGGCUUUGAAUAAGAUUUUGAUCCUCCUGUGUUGGCGGUUGAUGGUAACUACAGCGCGCAAUUCUUCGUGUCCACUCCUUGGUGCCACAGGAGUCAGACGCGAUUGGUGGAUGCACCUUCAUGGAGGAUAUUAUCUAAAACAUCUAAAGGACGACAAUCGUUUCCAAAAUAACAUAGAUUUUGAAACGAAUUAUUUAAAACACUUUGAUGCCCCAAGAAACUUUGGAAUAUUCUAUGGUCAAAGACUWUCUGCAUAUUUUAUWCCYAUGGCGAGUGGGACWUAUACGUUCAUUGCUACGUGUGACUCUGAAUGUGAGAUUCUUUUAAGUGACGAUGAAAAUCCAGCUCGCAAGCGAGUAAUUAUUAAUAUUGAUCAAAAUCACAGAACGAAGUACAACGAAUGGGACAGCGUCGCUAGUGAAAACCAGGCUUUAGUCAACUUCAUUCAACAUGCCGAGGAUUAUUUAACAUGGAAAUCAUUGCACUGUGAUUUAAUACAGCUGGAAUGUGGUUAUCUCUGUGGAGCRGACAGUGUUGGGACGAUAGUACGAGAAAUUGACCCUGWAACUAAACUUUGUACCAUGCCAAGAUCAACGUURCCAACAACAACAUCAACAAUAGCAUCAACAACAACACAAAUUACAACAAAGAGAACUGCCAAACCUAAAACAAUGAUACCUAGAAAUCUCCUGGAACAUCAACAGGUUUCUGUUUCUUCAGUACAAAUGUCUAUGCAUUUCUCAAACCAAUUCCCUGAACCAAUAAUCUUCUAUAUCUUUGUUUUUUCAGCUAUACAUCUGAACAUCACAACCAAGAGCACAAGCUCCACAACAAUUCAAGUCUUCUGGAGCUUUAGGCGCGACAAAAUACCAACGAAUAUCGAAGGCUAUCGUCUGGACUACACCGAAAACCAUUCCACAGAAAAAUACAGCUCUUUUGUCGAAAGUGAUGUGAAGGCCGUUGAGCUGACAAGAUUAAAAAAGAACACUCUCUACUGCAUAAGAAUAUUUAUCAUUGUUGGAAGAAAAGAAAAGGAAAGUGAUGGUUGUCAUUAUGCUAGGACUCUUGAAGAUGUUCCCAGCAAGUCCCCAACUGUUCAAGUCCAAAAUAAAGCUCUGACGUCAAUACUUGUCACCUGGCAACCAAUAAACAAAAAUAGCGCCCACGGAAGACUUCAAGGGUACAAGAUGUAUAUUACWAAUAUGGACACCAAUGCAAGACCGGAAGUGAUAAAAACCGGAAGUGCGACUAACUCUAUGACUAUAAAUGGUGUGGCGAUGAAUGUUCAAUAUUGUGUUCGGUUGUUAGGAUUUACUGUCAAAGGUGAUGGCCCUUUGAGUCCUUGCGCGGUAAUACGAACAUGGACAGACGAUUUUUUACCAAAAAUGACGGUUCACAACUUCACUAGCACUACCUCCAUCAAUAUCACGUGGGACAAUCUGCCAGGUUACCUAGCCGGUCACGUGAUUGCAUACAAACUCUCAUAUACCGUAAGCGAAUUAAAAGGAAAGCAGGUGCAACAGAGCUUUAUCCACCUGAUUAAUGUAACAGCCAAUACGAAAGAGUUAUCCAUUGGUGGUUUAACCAUUUUUACUGUGUAUCGGUUUGAGGUGAGACCGCUGACUAAACGUGGACUUGGGCUCACGUCUCGAGUGGCAUUUGGUGCAACGUGCCGAUGUCAAAAGUACCUCAAAGCCUUGUGGAGCCCAAUUCCCCCUUACGCGGUCGAAACAAGCACAGGGAACCCAACUGGAAUGAUACCAAARCUUCUAUCCACAAUGGUGGACACUUCGUGUGGACAAUGUCACGGACAUAAAUCAACAAAAAUCAUCUAUGAACUCAAAUCAAACAGAUUAAAGCGCGAUUUAGCACUCGAAGAUGAAGAGGCAGACUUUAUUUUUCCAAUCAGAAAGGCCGAUAAAAGAAGCAAAGACGAAUCAGAAGUUUAUAUUCCAUUACUCGAAGUUCCAGGAUUUGCGUUUCUGACCUCUGUGAAGAGUAAGCAAGAAUACGCUCAACAUAUCGCGACGUCGGUGUUUGAUUGUUGGCCGGUGUUGGCUAUUAGUUUGGCCAUGACGCUGUUAUCUGGUGUACUAUUAUGGUUUAUUGAAUUAAUAGAAAAUCGUAUUUAUCCCCGCCGCACAAACGUUUUCAGAGGUAUMAAUGAUGGAGUUUGGUGGUCUUUCGCUACCAUGACAACAGUAGGAUAUGGUGAUCAAAUACCACGUACAAACGGGGGCCGUUGCUUUGCAAUCAUUUGGCUGUUUAUAGGGAUCGUGCUGGUUGCCUUGCUUGUUGGYUCAAUUACUUCAUCACUGUCUGUGAAAAUCCUCAAAGAGCAAUUGUACGUCAAGCGAGAUAAAAAGAUAGCUUCGGUAGAAGAUCCACUUGACUACAAUGUACUWAUGCAUGUCGAUGAAAGAGCAUCAACAAGAACCACCUACCAAGACAUGGAGAGUCUAAUAAAAGCUUUAAAACAGGGAAAUACGGAAGGUAUCAUUGUGGAUAUGUACUUGGCGGGAUUUCGUACCGACCUGUUCAACGGAUCUUGGUAUAAAGUCUCCAGUAUUUUAGACCGAAAGUUCUUCUACGGUGUAAGCAUUAAUGGAAAUGCAGCUUCUCUAGCGAAAAGGUUCAAAGAUUACUCGUUGAAGACGUACGAAGUUGAAUUGAAAUUAUUACAAGAAGAAAGACAAAAAGAAAAAGUAUCGAAUCAAUUCAASAUCCAUUCCCAAACAGUCCGCAAGGACAUCGAUCUUUUGAAUCCUCGMACUCUACUCUACCAGAUGACAAUAUUUUUUUCACUGACUGUCCUGGGAAGUGUGGGGAUCCUWGCUAUCCUUGUCCACUCAUGGAAGAAAAACAGAAAAAGAGAAAAGAAAAAGGAAUUGGAGAAUGGUAAGAAUGAAAUACAAGAUCCCCGYGAAGAAUAUAUUCAGCUCAAACAAGAAAUGAAGACAAUGUUAGACAACUUUUAUAGACAGUUUGUAGCAACUUACRUCAAACUAAAGCUAAAACAUCGACAAGAGAAGCUAGACUUUAUCAACUACAAAAAACAGCGAAUGUAUGAAAUCGUUUGGUUGUAAAUAUUAUGAUUACUAGCUUCAAGACCGGGCAUAUCUAUCUGUAUAUAUAUAAAUAUUAUUUGUUUAUCUAACUCAUACAUCUUUUUCGAAAAUAUCAUCUUCGUAUGUCAUACUUUAGGAAGUUUGCAUUGGCGAAUUUCAAUUUUUGUAACAGAAUCACAGUUGUACAAAAAUUAAAGCUUCAAAUACAAUUUAUACA